GGUUCCCAUAUUCUGGGGUGGUAGCAUUUUCUGACUGCAGAGGAUGUCUCAAUCCUCAUCCGCCUUGUGGGGAGGCUGGGGGGUGCUACUCCCAGAUUUAGGCCUCCCAUAGCUGAAAGGCACAGACCUACCCACAUUUUAAUCUUGGAGUUUUAGACUGGUGAAUGUUGAUGCCCUCGGGUUACAAAUGCAGAAAAUGAGACCCAGGCAAGGCCAGUCCCUCCUGGGUCACUCUGGUUAGACAGGCCCCAGUUUCCAGACUCUCUGUCAUUGUUCUGUCCCCAAAUUCUCAAAUGACAGAAGAUGACUUAAGUAUUAAGUGCUGGACUCCGUGCUGGAUGCUGGAGACACAAAGACAACUGUCUUCAAGAGCUUUUCAUGAGACAGGUAAACUCCAGAACAACAUGCAGAUGCUGGAAAAUGAUGGAUUUGCCUCAAGACUUGUGUACAACUUUAUAAGGUGCUCCCCUCCUUUUCAUCUUCUAGUGGGGCAGAGGUCCCUGCCUGAAGAAACAGCCUGAAGUCCAGGGGUAGAUCUGUGGUGGAAAGACAGAGAAGUGAAGGAACAGGGCUGCCAGUGGGCACACCCCAAACACCCCUCCCGAGAUGAACCUUUGCUGCCCUCUAAUGGAGGAAAGGCAGCAUUGAGAUGCCUGCUGGGGCCCCACCAACCUGGCUCCCCUAAAGAAAAAGGGAUGUGAAUGACUCUCCUGCCCUGCAUUUUUAGUCCCUUAAAGUCUCAGGCAUCAUCUCCUGCAGCCUCUAAAGCUGCACCUCCUUUUAAGCACCUCUGGCUGCCCCAUUUCCCAACCACCACCCUCCAUGCCAUCUCUCCAGUUUCCUUUGUUGCCUGGAUUCCGAAUCUGGUACCUUGGUUCUUGGCCCUGCCAGAGUUCUGGUUCCGGAAGGUUCCUCCCAGGUGCCUUGGGCCGAGCUCACCCGGGCACGAGGCACUGCUGAAGACAUGGGCAAGUGCGUUCCCCGAUGCCUGGGGCAACUGGACAUCCGCAAAAGUGUAGUGAGCCUGGCCAUGGGUGCUGGGGCCAUCUACCUGCUCUACAAGGCCAUCAAGGCUGGCAUAAAAUGCCAACCGCCCCUGUGUACCAACUCUCCCAUCUGCAUCGCCCGUGAGUGUGCGGGCCCUGGGGAGAGGGCUCUGCCCCAGGAGGUACCUGCUCCCGAGGCCUCCACUGUGGGAGGGCCCAAAGGCCUGGCAAUCGAGCGAGAGCGGCACGGGCGGGACUCAGGUGAGAUCCGGAGGCUCCUCAACUCUUUGGAGAGCAAACAGGAUGAGUACGCCAAGAGCAUGAUCCUGCACAGUAUCACUCGCUGUGUGUACUUGCUGGAGGCCGAGGCCUCUGCUUGUACUACCGAUGACAUCAGGUUGGUGGGCUACAUGCUGGAUGACGAGGACAACAGUGUCAAAAUCCAAGCUCUGAACACACUUAAAGCUUUUUCUGGCAUCAGAAAAUUCAGGCUCAAAAUCCAGGAACACUCCAUCAAGGUACUGGAACUGAUCUCCACCAUAUGGGACACGGAUCUGCAUAUUGCGGGCCUCAGACUCCUCAACAGCCUUCCACUACCUGACUAUGUGCAUCCGCAGUUGCGACGGGUGAUGCCUGCCUUGAUGGAGAUCCUGCAGUCAGAGUAUAUCCUGGCACAGGUGCAAGUCCUAAGACUGCUGAGCUACCUGGCACAGAAGAAUGACCUUCUCUAUGACAUUCUCAACUGCCAGGUGCACUCCAACUUCCUGACCCUAUUCCAGUCCACACAGCCGGGGAGUCUGUUGUUCGAGGUACUGGUGUUUGCUGAGCGGCUGAGUGAGGGCCGGAAUGCACCCCACUACCGUGCUGUGAAAUGGCAUUACAAUGAACGGUCCCUGCAUGAAGCCCUCUUUGGGGAUGAGUCACGACUGGCAGACCGUCUGCUCGCCCUGGUCAUCCACCCUGAGGAGGAUGUUCAGAUCCAGGCCUGCAAAGUCAUAGUCAGCCUGCAGUGCCCCCAGGACGUGGGAGCCCGGCCCUCCUCAUGCCAGCCCAGUCAUUCCUACUUUAGAAACGGGGAGUAAAAUUAAGGAGAUGCAAUAAAUGAGUAUGAGAGAGGAGCUUGAGGCUUCUUGAA